AACAAACCUAAACUUGAUCCUAACAGUAAAAUAAUUGUUUGUGGACAACCUGGUAUGAUAAAUGUAGUUGAGAAAUCAUUAAAAAAUCUAGGUUUUACUGAGGAUGAUUUUAUAUUGAUAGCAUAG